AUGCAAGCCGACGAAGAAGGCGAUUUGCCCCACGAACUUGAGUACUGUCCACAGGUUCCAGGGACCAUGCGCAAGGCCAUGAGUGGCAAAUUCGAUUUGUUUUUGGGUGCUGUGUUGCUGGAUGCCGGCCAGAAGAACGACACCACAGACGAGGAUGAUGAGGACCAGGAGGAGGAAGAGGAGGAAACCGAAUCAGAUGAGGAAGUGGAAGAGGAAGACAGCGGAGUAGCUCAGGAUUGUGAGUACAACGAUUGGCAAAAAUGGACUGAGUGCAGUGAAACCUGCGGCGGUGGAUCGCGAAAGAGGACUCGAUCUGUCAAGACCGAGGCAAAAAAUGGUGGAAAGGCCUGCCAAGCGGAAGAGAAGAAGCAAACAGAGGAUUGCAACGAAGAAGACUGUCCAGUGGAUUGCGUCAUCAGUGACUGGCAGGACUGGGGCCACUGUGCACCCGACUGCAAAGGCAAGCGCAAGCGAAGCCGCAUGAUCAUCCAAGCUGCCUCACAUGGUGGGGAGGCUUGUGGGGAAACAAAAGAGGAGGAGUCCUGCGAUGGCGUAUGCACUGACUGCGAGUACGAGGAUUGGUCUGCCUGGGUGGCAUGUCCUGUGACCUGUGGCGGUGGAAAUCAGAACCGUUCAAGAGAUGUGGCAGUCCCACCCACCAAUGGGGGCAAGGCCUGCGUUGGGAACAAGACUGAGAUGAGACCUUGUGGGGCUGUCGCCUGCCCAGUUGAUUGCGCACUGAAUGACUGGUCAAACUGGACAGCCUGCGAGCCAUACUGCGCAGGUAACAUGUCCCGGCAUCGCACUGUGAAGACACUUCCCAUGAAUGGCGGUGCUGUAUGCGGUGUACUGAAUGAGACGCAGCCCUGCACGAAUUUUUGCAUGGAUUGCAGCUGGUCGGAUUGGACUGCCUGGACCAACUGCACGGUGCCUUGUGGUGGUGGAGCCAUGAAUAGGAGCAGGGACCAGACCUUUGCGGCCAAAGCUGGAGCAGGUGGGGUUCUUCUUCAGCUUGCGGGCACCCAGAUCUUUGGCUUCGAAUUGAAGAUGUGGAAGAAGUGUGACUCCAGCCACCAGGCUAGCGAUGCCCUACCCCUGGCAGAAGCACAAGAGAAGUGCAAGGUCACUGCCGACUGCCUGGGUCUAUCUGACACGGGCUGCGAUGGGAAGCAGGUGGUGCUUUGCACUUCGGGCUUCGUGCUGGAGACAGACGUCUCCGCGUGCGCUUACAACAAGAAGGAGAUCGGAGGAGGGAAACCUUGUGAAGGCGAUGGCCUCGAAAUGAAGAACUGCAACACUGAUCCAUGUCCCGUGGACUGUGUCUACAGCGAUUGGGCCGAGUGGUCCGUUUGCGAGCCCUACUGCUCGGGCAACACGACCCGGAGUCGCAGCAUUGUGGCCGAAGCAGCUCAUGGCGGCGUCGCCUGCGUGAAGGAGGAGCUUCGCGAGCAGAAGGCAUGUGCCAACUUCUGCAUGGACUGCCAAGUUUCAGAUUGGACGGAGUGGGAAACUUGCAGCGUCAGCUGUGGCGGUGGUGACACCAACCGGACGCGUACGGAGACGUACAUCAACCGGCCGAACCUUACGGCUUCCCUGCUCGAGGUGGAAGCCGCUUCAACAGCAUUCGGCUACGAGAAGCGGCUCGGCGUGAGGUGCAGCACCGAGAGCCUGGGGCCGCAGCAGAAGGAGUUCCUUCCGGCUAGGGCUGAGAGGAAGUGCAGUCUUGAUUCGACUUGCUAUGCGCUUUAUGACAAAGACUGUAACGGUGGCCUACGAGUUUGUAAAACCGACUUCGAGCUGGAGCCAGAGGAAGGCUCAUGUGUCUACGUGAAGAAGGAGAUCGGCGAAGGCCGGCCUUGCGACGGAAACAUCUUUGAGGCCAUGAAGUGCAACAGGCAGAAGUGUCCCAUCGACUGCCAGUACAAAGACUGGUCCGAUUGGGGAUCUUGCAACCCUCUUUGCGAAGGCACCCGAGAAAGGUCCCGAAAAGUCAAGAAGUACGCAGCUUUUGGGGGCCAGCCCUGUGACAACAAGACGCAAUCAGAGGAAUGCACCAACAUCUGUGUGGAUUGCGAAUGGUCUGACUGGACGGCAUGGACGAACUGCUCUGUGAGUUGUGGGGGUGGCAUGCAGGAACGUGGCAGGGGAGUGGCGGUCGAGGUUGAAGGCUUUGGGAAGAACUGCACCGGGGAUGCCGAAGAGAAGCGUCAGUGCAACAUGCAGGAUUGCCCGGUGGACUGUGAGACGAGUGACUGGAGUGGCUGGAGCUCCUGCGAGCCCUUCUGCCAGGGCAUGCAGAACCAGACCCGGACCAUCACUCUCCAGGCUGCAAAUGGAGGUCUGCCGUGUGGUCCCCUCUUCCAUACACGUGCGUGCAACAACACAUGCUUGGAUUGCCAGUGGUCAAAUUGGACGGAGUGGGGUCAGUGCUCUACCUCCUGUGGCGGUGGAGUGCAGUCUCGCAGCCGAUACGUUGCACGUCCAAAGGUGGGCGAGGCUGAAGAUUGCACAGGACCCUUGAACGAGACACAGGCUUGCAACGAGCAGAGUUGCCCCAUAGAUUGCGUCUUGGCCGACUGGAGCAAAUGGUCGGAUUGCGAUCCCUACUGCAUCGGAACCCAGAGCCGGAACCGCAGUGUUGUCACAGAACCGGAGUUCGGCGGCGUGACAUGUGGGAACAUCUCUGAGACGCAGCGUUGCACCAACUUCUGCAUGGAUUGCCAGCUGUCUGACUGGACAACCUGGGCUAGCUGCAGCAAGACAUGCGCUGGUGGAAGCCAGUACCGCUUGCGGGAUGAAGUGUAUGUGCAACGGAUGCCCAGCAGCUUCAUCCAGCUACAAGCAAAGGCAGGCUCCAGAUCUUCCACAGGAGCUUGGGGCUACCAAAAGAAGAUGGGUGUGAGGUGUGACCCAAAGCACCAGCGAAGUGCUGACGGCGUGGGCACUCCUCAGGAAGCGGAAGCGUUGUGCAGUGCUGACCCCACUUGUGGAGGUCUUUAUGAUCACGGUUGCGACAACUGGGUGACACUCUGCAACACGAACUUCACUCUUGAAAGUGAGGAAGGUUCAUGCUCUUACCUGAAGAAGGAGAUCGGACGGGGCGAGCCGUGCCAGGGCAACAUCAGUGAGACCAUGACAUGUAAUGAGCAGAUGUGUCCAGUGGACUGCGUAAUGACGGACUGGACCGACUGGUCUGCCUGCGAUCCUUUCUGCAACGGGACGCAAAAGCGAGAAAGAAAUAUCACAACUCAUGCUGCCUUCGGUGGUAUUCCAUGUGGUCCAACCUUGGAGGACCAGAGAUGUAGCAACUUCUGUGUCGACUGUGCUUGGACGGACUGGACCGCCUGGCCACCAUGCACAGUGUCUUGCGGAGGCGGUUCCGCACAGAGGAGCCGCUCCAUCGCAACGCCAAAGCAAGGGGGUGGCCAAGAGUGCACCGGCAGCGACCAGGAAACAAAGACCUGCAGCGAGCAGGAGUGCCCUGUGGACUGUGAGCUCUCAACCUGGACUGCUUGGACAGGCUGUGAGCCGUACUGUGAAGGCUCACAGACGCGGCAACGAAACGUGACCCGCAAGGCCUCCUUCGGAGGCAAAUCCUGCAACUCUUUGGCGGCUUCAGAGCCUGACUUCACUGGUGGCGUGACGAAGCAGAUCCGGCAGUGCUCCAACUUGUGCAGAGACUGUGGUUGGCUGGACUGGACACCGUUCUCUACGUGCACAGCGACCUGUGGAAAUGGGACCAAGAGCCGAAGCAGAGAUCAGCUCUUCGUCCUUCGCACCAAUCGUUCAGGUCCGAUUUCUACAGAUGUCGAGAUGGACCGAGUCUUCGGCUAUGAGUUGCAGAUGAACGUGCGGUGUGAUGCUGCAAGCCGCCGUGAAGGGACGAUGGUCUUUGCUGCUGCGAAGGAACGGUGCGAUGCUGACCCAACGUGUGGAGGAGUGUAUGAUGAAGGUUGCGACGGAACUGUGGUGCUGUGCAACAUCGGCUUCAGCCUCCACGAAGAAGCAGGCUCGUGCAGCCGGUCGAAGCUGGAGAUGGGAGGUGGAUCUGCCUGUGACGAGGUGGACAAGCUACAGGUUGAGCAGUGCAACACCAAAGUGUGCCCCCGGGACUGUCAGUAUGGUGACUGGAGUGCUUGGACAGUGUGUGAGCCGUGGUGCAACGGGACGCAAGCCCGAAACCGGGCCAUCAUCCUUGAAGAGGAGGAGGGUGGCAAACCGUGCUUUGCGACGGCAGAGUCCAGAGAAUGCAGCAACUACUGCGUAAACUGCAGGUGGGCUGACUGGUCCACCUGGAGCGACUGCAGCGCUUCCUGCGGUGGUGGGAGCCAGAUGCGAAGCCGGGCUGUGGCUGUGCCCAAGGAUGGCCGAGGUGAGGAGUGUGUCGGCAAUGGCACGGAGACACAGAUAUGUGCAGAUUUGAACUGCCCGGUGGAUUGCCAACUCAGUGAUUGGACGGCCUGGUCGAGCUGCCAGCCGCAUUGCUUGGGUGAGCAGAACCGAAGCCGCAAGAUCUUGUCCCAACCCAGGUUCGGCGGUGCCCUUUGUGGUGACCUGGCCGAGCAGCGCAAGUGUGCCAACCUUUGCAUGGACUGUGUGCUCUCCGGUUGGGAGGAGUGGGGCGACUGCAGUGCCUCCUGUGGCGGUGGCCGUCGACAGCGCCUUCGCACCGAGACCUACGUCAGUAGGAAUCAGAGUUCUGCCGGCCUUUCUCUGCUUGAAGUCGACAUGCAGGCCCUCGGCUACGAGAAGAAGAUGGGCGUCAAGUGUGACGAGGCCCACCAGCGCGAGCUUGGCGUGGCCGGGCAGCCGCCGCUGACGGCCCAGGCGUCUUGCAGCGGAGAUGCCUCUUGUGGAGCUCUUUAUGACAAAGGCUGCACCAACUUCUGGUCAAUUUGUGAUGCUGGCUUCGUCUUAGAAGCAGAGGAGGGCUCUUGCUCGUACAUCAAGAAGGAGAUUGGAGAAGGAGAAGCCUGUGAGGGCAACAUUGCUCAGAAGGAGGAUUGCAAUAUUGAGAACUGCCCCCUGGACUGCGAGUACACUGAGUGGACGGAGUGGUCGACUUGUGAGCCGUUCUGCUCUGGCCUGACAAACAGGACGCGCAACAUCACCAGAGAGCCGCAGAACGGUGGUCUACCUUGCUCACUAAAGGCUCAGGUCAACAACUGCACGAAUGUUUGCGUGGAUUGCGAAUGGGGCACGUGGUCGGAGUGGAGCAACUGCACUGCGUCAUGCAACGGUGGCACGCAUACACGCCAACGAGAGGUUGCAGUGCCCGUGGACGGUGGUGGCAAAACCUGUAGUGGCAAUCGCACAGAGGUUGGUGUCUGCGCCGACAAGAUUGCAUGCCCGGUUGACUGCGAGCUAACGGACUGGGAUGGCUGGACACCUUGUACCCCAUACUGCAGUGGCACACAGCAGAGGAGCCGUUCUAUUGUCACCCAGCCCUUUGCGGGAGGGGCUGCCUGUGGCGUUACAGCUGAGGAGGUAAGCUGCAACAACACCUGCAUUGAUUGCCAAGUCUCGUCCUGGACGGAUUGGUCCGAGUGCUCAAAAACCUGUUCCGGUGGCACUCAGCACAGGUCUCGUGGAAUUCUGAAGCAGGCGGAGGGCGAGGGCAUGCCUUGUCCGGAGGAACUGCAACAGGCCAAGGAGGACAUGUGUGCGCCACUGGACUGUCCCGUCGAUUGCCUUUGGGGUGAUUGGCUACCGUGGAAUGGCUGCAGCGUCACUUGCGGAGAGGGAACUCAAGACAGAACGCGCGUGGAGGUCGUAUCCGCGCAGUACGGAGGUGUUGCCUGCGAAGGCAGCAGCCAAGAGUGGCGGGCCUGUGACGUGGAGAUCUGCCCUGUGGACCGGCAUGUAAGUCUGCAUGGCAUCUGCACGGCACACUCAAAUCAAGAACAUCUGUUGGCAAGAGCGGUCUCGAUUGGACUGCAGCUCAGUGUUGCAUGCUGA